CGCAUGCGCUGUCCUCCUCGUCUCUCAUUGGCUGCCGGCUCGACGCUGUACGUGCGUCGGCGCUUCCUCAACGUGACUCGCAGAAACAGCAAAAUAGAAGAUGUUGGUCCUGGUUCUAGGCGACCUGCACAUCCCUCACCGGUGCAACACCCUGCCGGCUAAGUUCAAGAAGCUUCUGGUUCCGGGGAAGAUCCAACACAUCCUGUGCACCGGCAACCUGUGCACCAAGGAGAGCUACGACUACCUGAAGACGUUAGCCGGGGACGUGCACAUCGUCAGGGGAGACUUCGACGAGAACCUGAACUACCCGGAGCAGAAGGUGGUGACGGUGGGCCAGUUUAAGAUCGGUCUCAUCCACGGCCACCAGGUGGUGCCAUGGGGCGACAUGGCCAGCCUGGCGCUGCUGCAGCGGCAGCUGGACGUGGACAUCCUCAUCUCGGGGCACACGCACAAGUUCGAGGCCUUCGAGAACGAGAACAAGUUCUACAUCAACCCUGGCUCGGCCACGGGGGCCUACAGCGCCCUGGAGAGCAACAUCAUCCCGUCAUUUGUGCUGAUGGACAUCCAGGCGUCCACGGUGGUGACGUACGUGUACCAACUGAUCGGAGACGACGUCAAGGUGGAGAGGAUUGAGUACAAGAAGUCCUAGAGGAGGAGCAGCAGGAGGAGCAGCAGGAGGAGGAGGAGGAGGAGCAGCAGCAGCAGCAGCAGCAGGAGGAGGAGGAGCAGCAGCAGGAGGAGGAGGAGGAGGAGGAGGAGGAGCGGUGCGGCUCGUUGUAUCGUUUCAUUCCUCGUCCACCAGGGGGCAGCAGAUCCCUUGCAGUCACCCUCUGAGAGAAUGACGUCAUGUAUUUGUUAUCAAGAGAAAUAUUUGGUGCCAUUUUUUUUCUUUUCUUAUUUUCGUCAUUUCCUGUUUCGUGUCCGUAAACCACAACGGGCCUUCAGCGUCUUUUUACACUUGAUUUAUUCCCCACAAUAAAGAUUCUUAUUUCACUGGAAGAGGUCAUUGUCUGAAAUAUAAUCGUAUGAAAUACAAAAUAAAAAGUUUAUGUUGGAAUUUGUUAUGUAAAUAAAUAUCUGUAAUUAAGAACACAAUUAUUCAGAAGUUAAUAUUCUUUAUUUGACGUUUUUAUUAUGAAACCUUCCUUUUAGAAAGUGACUUCCUGACAUUUAUCCCUGGCAGUUUAGUGAUUUUAGUACUUCACAUAUUUUAGAAGAAUAUUCAAAAUAAAGAUAUUAAUAAAGAUGGAGAAAAUGAUUAAAGCAAUUUCGUGAAUGAGUCCUUUGUUUGAGUUAUUCAUUCAAAUAAAAACUAUAUUAAACUAAAUCUAAUUGUUUAAAUAAUUUAACACCCAUUUUCCCCUUUAACCUGCUUAAAGACGUUUUGCCUUUAAUUGGCAGCUCGCUAUUAGAUAUUAUCAAUGUGUCUCUGCUAACAGGCCACGUACUACACUCCUUCAAAGUGGCUGUCAUUAAACCUCUCCUGAAGAAGCCCACUCUGGAUCCAGAGGUGUUGGCUAACUACAGACCGAUCUCUUGUUUGUGUCUGGCUCUCGACGAAGGCGGUCGCAUUUUCUCUCCCUCUCCUCCCCAUGACCUUCCCUUCCCUGCUUGGCUUCUCUCGUCCGUGUCUUGUCUGUCAUAUACUUGAGAGACUCCCCUCAUUGCUCUUCGAACUAAAACUAUGGACCGAUCAACUGGUCAUCUGAUCAACUGGUCUCUCAACGAAAUUGACACCGUCUUCUCGACGAGAAGCUUGGGUUCGGGGGAACCUGCCCGUCCUGCCGGGACGUUGCAGCUGGUUACACGAUGGACGUGUCGUGUGCCUAGCAGCCCUUUCCGUGGAGGACGUAGAUGACAUCUACCUAUUCGGAACUAUGAUUACAGGAUUUCUGCUGUUUGGAUUUGGCGUUGCCCUGGUUUAUCGGAAAAUUAAGGAAACGGUGACAGCCGUUAAAAGCCCCCUAAGGCUGCCCGACGAAAUUGGAUCGAUUUGAAAUCCUAUUGGGAAAUGGGAGGAAAGUGGUGGAAUAGUAGGUGCGCAAAUUGGAUGUAGUUGCUGGAAGACCAAAUAAUCCCAAUCUUAUCUGCUUUCGGCUCCCUCAACCAGAACGGGCCUUGGCCAAGGCCGUUACUGGAACAACAACUCCCCUGAAGAUCGCUGAAGUGAGAACCUCUCUCAUUCCCUUCCCCCUAUCCACAGACACCUGUGGUUGUUGUAUCCCCAGGACAUUUCAAGGCUAUCUCCAUGGCAACGACCAUCUUGCGGACUGAGAACUCUGUCUGUUGUGGCCUGGGGGAGGACGACUUACCGGGCCACUCACUCACGAACUCUACACACACACUACACACUCUACACACACACUGAUAUGCAUUCACUACCCUCACCCCCAUCCCACGCCUUCGCCUGCUUUAUGCCCCCAGUGUGGUCUACUGGCGCUCUAACGGGCUGCCAGAUGGCUGGCUGCCUGUCUACGCUGGUUACCCUCUGCCCCCCUACGGCUGAGCUUGACCACCCAGUCUUUGGUUUACCUCCCCUCCCCCCUUCCUCACGUUGCAUGUCUUGUUUAGAUGUAUGUGCUUUUGUGCUGAGGUGUUUUUUCUGCUCCCACACUGUACCCCUCUAGGGGCAUAUUCUGGGGGUUGUUUUUUAUUUUCUCCUCUCUUCCCUCGUGUUAUGCUGUAAUCUUCCUGGAUCUGCCUGUAAUUUCCCGCUUGCGGGAUCAAUAAAGUAUACAUCUA